ACGAGGAGAGCGCACGACUUCCACCAACACCUCCCUCCAUCCUCCCUAAGUGUCCCUGCGCGUAAAAUAAUGCGAACAUGGUGAAAAUUGAGGCUAAAAUAAAGUGGGAUCGGUCGUGAGUGUGUCUGCGGUGUCGUGUUAAGGUCACUCGCUGGCUGCCUGAAUUCCCCUCUUUGUGUUUACACAUCCGGGUUUCCCUGUUUGCAGCCCAUUCCCCAUUUAGAAGCCAUUUUGGACACAGAUCAGUAACAUGCAUGUAAACCCCGACCGACCUCCCGACGCAGCGGCGCGACUACCCGAGUGAGCAACCCCGAGAAAAAGAGCGCCGAGCGGCCGCCUCGGAUGGUCCCACGGCUCGGUGUUCGGGCUCGGAUGCGAAAGGCUGCGGCUGUGCCCCGGACUCACCGCCUGGAAGUCACCUCGGUCGCUCCCGUCGUUUUUCCUCCCAACAUUGUUGCGCCGUCGCGGCUGCUGACACGCGCUGUGCCGCUGGUGCCCGGACCGCUGCUGGAGGGACCCGGGCGGGAGGAGAAGGCCCCGUGGUCGCGUUGGGUUCGAUCCCGGACCGAUGUUGCGGGCCAGCUGAGUUUGAAUGUUGGCCACGGACACUCGGGGGAACGCGGUGUUUGCUGUAUUCGAAACGGAACAUGUCUUUUUCAUGGCUGACUUGUUCACUUCUUCUGGGAACUUUGUGCGCAGGGUACAGUCUGGGCGAAGCAGAGACCCGGGAGUGUGUGUACUACAAUGACAACUGGCGCACGGAGAGGACCAACCAGAGCGGCUUCGAGCGCUGCGAGGGGGAGAAGGACAAGCGACUGCACUGUUACGCCUCCUGGCUCAACUCCUCAGGGACCAUCAAGUUGGUGAAGAAAGGCUGCUGGCUGGACGACUUCAACUGCUAUGACAGGCAAGAGUGUGUUUCCAUGGAUGAAAACCCUCAGGUCUUCUUCUGCUGCUGCGAGGGCAACUACUGCAAUGAGCGAUUCACCCACCUUCCUGACAUGAUUGGCAUUGGCAACCGAGUGAAAAUCCGGCCUCCACCUCGGGUACCGUCCCUGCUCAACGUGCUGGUGUACUCCCUGCUGCCUUUGUGUGUGCUGUCCCUGGCCCUCGUCCUGGCCUUGUGGAUGUACCGCCACCGCAAACCUCCCUACGGCCACGUAGACCUUAGCGAGGAUCCAGGACCCACUCCUCCAUCCCCACUGGUGGGUCUGAAACCUCUGCAGCUGCUGGAAAUCAAAGCCAGGGGGCGCUUUGGUUGUGUUUGGAAGGCCCAACUGAUGAGCGAGUAUGUUGCUGUAAAGAUCUUCCCUAUUCAGGACAAGCAGUCAUGGCAGAACGAGCGGGACAUUUUCUUGACUCCUGGGAUGCGACAUGAAAACCUCUUGCGUUACAUCGCUGCAGAGAAACAUGGAUCCAACCUGGAGACGGAGCUGUGGCUUAUCACAGAGUUUCAUGAGAGGGGCUCACUGACGGACCACCUGAAGGGUAACAUGGUGUCCUGGGGUGAGCUGUGUCACAUAGCGGAGAGCAUGUCCCGCGGCUUGGCCUACCUCCAUGAGGACAUUCCCAGCUACAAGGGCGAGGGGCCAAAACCCACUAUUGCACACAGGGACUUCAAGAGUAAGAAUGUGAUGCUUAGCGAUGAUUUAACUGCAAUCAUUGGAGAUUUUGGGCUCGCUGUACGAUUUGAACCAGGAAAACCUCCAGGAGACACUCAUGGCCAGGUGGGUACGAGGCGUUACAUGGCCCCAGAGGUGCUGGAGGGAGCCAUCAACUUCCAGCGAGACUCCUUCUUGAGGAUAGACAUGUACGCCAUGGGCUUGGUGCUUUGGGAGCUGGUGUCCCGCUGCUCGGAAUCUGAUGGUACGAUUGGUGAGUACAUGCUGCCGUUCGAGGAGGAGAUUGGCCAGCAUCCCACCCUGGAUGAUCUGCAGGAUGUGGUCGUGCACAAGAAGAUGCGUCCAGCCAUCAAGGAGUGCUGGCUCAAACAUCCUGGUUUGAGCCAGAUGUGCGAGACCAUCGAGGAAUGCUGGGACCACGACGCAGAGGCCCGAUUAUCAGCCGGCUGCGUCGAGGAGCGCAUCGGCCAAAUCUCCAGGAUGAUCAGCAGCACUACCUCAGACAGCCCCGUCUGCAUCGUGACGUCUCUCACCAACGAGGACCUACCUCCCAAAGAGUCCAGCACCUGAACGGGUGACACCAUCCUUCACCUGAGCUCCUGACUUUUUAUUUUUCAAUCCCAAACUCAGCGGAUCUCCGUGAAUAUUUAAAAACAUGAAAAAAACAGACAACAACUAGCCACUUGAAUGCAGCUGCUAUUUUAUCCCAAUACUGGUAUUUUUUCCUGUUUUAAUGUUUUCCGUGUUUAAAGUCAGAUCCUACUAACACAUCCAUCUGCUGUAGUUUUGAAGUAGUAAUAAGCUAUGCGAUGGGCACAUCCGAUAACACCCAUGUGUCAAAUCUUUAAUGUUUUCAUUACCUCAUGUAUUUCUUUUGUGUUAGUCUAUUUUUUUUUUUUUUUAUUACCUCAUCAGUUAUCGUUUUUCCUGUCUUGGUCAUGACCGUCUGUGGCCAAAUGAAAUGAAUCUUUGCUCCAAACCUUGGACAACGUGCUGCACACCUCGGAGGAACCGUUUUGAGACUGUUAGACGAAAUAUAUUCAUCUUCCUCAGGGGUCGAAGCUUCUCGAUUUUUAAGCUUGAGUGUGCUCCCUUAUUUUAAACCGGCGAACGCCUCAAAAAGAAAAAAAAAAGAUCAAAAAGAAACGGAGCACAGCUGUUUUAUCGAAUGGGAAGGAGCUAAAAUGGAAGUUGAACAGUUGCAUUGGACGUUUAUGAACUUUUUUGAAGAUUUGGGACAACCGCCUUGUCCCGGGGGAACUACCUCUCAGGUAUCCAGUAGGUUUCUUUGGAACAUUUUCUCUAAUUUGAGAGCCAAGCUAUCCAGCUCGCUAUCAUGGACAUAUUCCUGGAUUCUUUUUUUUUUUUUUUUUUUUG